GAGAUCAUCACCUCCAUCCUGCUAAGUGGGCAGAUUGGGCCCAACAUCCAGCUGGCUGAGUGCUAUGGACUGAGGCUAAAGCACAUGAAGUCAGAUGAGAACCACUGGCUAUACCCCCAGAUGAAGGUGGGUGAGGUGCAGGACAAGUAUGAAUGUCUACACGUGGAGGCCGAGUGGAGGCGGUUCUUCAAGGACAUGCCGCACAACGGCCUGGACAAGAAGUCCAACUUCGAGCUCCUGGAAAAAGAAGUGGGACUCUCCCUGUUUUUCCCAAAGCAGAUGCAGGAGAAUUUAAAGCCCAAGCAGUUCCGGAAGAUGAUCCAGCAGACCUUCCAGCAGUACGCCUCACUCCRGGAGGAGGAGUGUGUCAUGAAGUUCUUCAACACCCUGGUGGGCUUUGCUAACAUCGAUCAGUAGACCUAUCACUGUGAACUUGUUCAAGGGUGGAACAUUACAGUGGACCUGGUCAUUGUCCCCAAAGGCAUCCACCAGCUGACAAGUCAAGAUGCAAAGGAAGAGAGCACUGAGCCCACCUGCCUGGUUGAGUUCAAGCAAAUCAGGUCCAUCAGGUGCCUCCUGCUGGAGGAGGGCCAGGCYGUCCUGCAGCUGGGCAUUGAAGGCGCACCCCAGUCUUUGUCCAUUAAAACCUCGUCUCUGGCAGAGGCUGAGAACAUGGCUGACCUCAUAGAUGGUUAUUGCCGGCUUCAGGGGGAACAUAAAGGCUCUCUCAUCAUCCAUCCCAAGAAAGAUGGUGAGAAGCGGAACAGCCUGCCCCAGAUCCCUACCCUAAACCUGGAGGCAAGGUGGUCCCACCUCUCAGAAAGCUGCAGCAUAGAGUCAGACAUCUAUGCAGAAAUUCCCAUCGAGACCUUGAGUUGGCCGGGAGGUCCACAGUACGGCAUUGCCCAUGAGGAUGUGGUUCUCAACCGUAUUCUAGGAGAAGGCUUCUUUAGGGAGGUCUAUGAAGGGGUCCACACAAAUCUCAAAGGGGAGAAAAUCAAUGUGGUUGUCAAGACCUCCAAGAAGGACUGCACCCUGGACAAUAAGGAGAAGUUCAUGAGGGAGGCAGUGAUCAUGAAGAAUCUCGACCACCCCCACAUCGUGAAGCUGAUUGGCAUCUUUGAAGAGGAGCCCACCUGGAUCAUCAUGGAACUGUACUCCUAUGGGGAGCUGGGCCACUAUCUAGAGCAAAAUAAGAACUCCCUGAAGGUGCCCACCCUCGUCCUGUACGCGGUGCAGAUAUGCAAAGCUAUGGCCUACCUGGAGAGCAUCAGCUGUGUGUACAGGUGGUUACACAGAGAUAGCAGGAAAGCCAAGCCCAUCCCUGACCCCAGAAGAAACUGAGGAGCAGGGCCAGAGUCCCACAGGGAGGAGCUGGAGUCCC